GCAGCCGAUAACAGACCCCACCCUGCAGCCCCUUCCCCUCCUCCCGGGAAUGGCCCGGCCUGCCUAGCUUCUGCCUCGGAUACAUAAGGGGACCCCACAGGCUGAGCAGCACCAAGGCCACGCUGAGCAGCCAGCAACACAACCAGCACCAUGUCUCUGACCAAGAGUGAGAGGACCAUCAUCAUGUCCCUAUGGGACAAGGUCUCCUCGCAGACCGAGGCCAUCGGCACUGAGGCUCUGGAGAGGCUCUUCAGCAGCUACCCUCAGACCAAGACCUACUUCCCGCACUUCGACUUGCACCCGGGCUCAGCGCAGCUGCGCGCCCAUGGCGCCAAGGUGGCGGCCGCCGUGGGCGAAGCGGUCAGGAACGUGGACAACCUGCCCAGCGCCCUGUCCAAGCUGAGCGAACUGCACGCCUACGUCCUGCGCGUGGACCCAGUCAACUUCAAGCUCCUGUCCCACUGCCUGCUCAUCAGCCUGGCCGUGCGCCUGCCCGCGGACUUCACCGCCGAGACCCACGCCGCCUGGGACAAGUUCCUGUGCCAGGUGUCCGCCGUGUUGACCGAGAAGUACCGCUGA